GCAGCAGGCAGAGAAGUUCACCUGCGUUUGCUACAGCUUCUCUGUUGGGCAGGAGCCGGUUCCUCAGCUAGACAGCAGAGUGGUGAUUAUGGCAGUAGCGCUGGUCGUGGCACUCCUGGCACUAGGAAUUUUGCUGCUCUUUCUGCUCUUCAGGAGGAAGCGCAACAGUUCACAAACCUAUGAAAGCAACAGCACUAUUCCCCUGAGAAGAUGUCGAAGAGGUGCGAACAAGAUGAAUACACGGAUCCCAGUGGAGGAACUGCUGGAGGCUCUGAAAAGGUUCAAGAGGGAAGAAGUAGAGGCAGAGCAGACAGAGGAUGAAUCAGUCAUCAACAGAGAAGGUGCUGGGCGUCUGGGAGAGUAUCAGAAACUGGUCUCCACUUUGUUGCAUCCCUGUGAUGCCGGGAAGGAACUAUGUAAUGAGGGCAAGAACCGCUACAAGAGCAUCAUCCCAUAUGAUCACUGCCGUGUGGUGCUGCAGCCCUCUGACACAGGCAAUGGCUACAUCAAUGCCAGCUAUGUGGAGAGCUACCAGAGUCCACGCUUCUUCAUUGCAGCUCAAGGCCCCUUGCCUGGAACGGUGGUGGAUUUCUGGCAGAUGGUCUGGCAGGAGAAGACUUCAGUCAUUGUGAUGCUGACAAGCUUAGUGGAGCAGAACAAGACUAAGUGUGAGCAGUACUGGCCAGAGCAAGAGCAAGUCUAUGGGGACUUCACAGUGACACUCAGCAACACAAGGACUACCUCAGGCCUUGUCACACGCAUAUUCCACCUGCAGAAGGCAGGUUGUGAUCUCCCAAGACUGGUGGAGCAGUUUCACUACCUGCUGUGGCCAGACCAUGGGGUCCCCAGAAACCCUGCUCAGCUCCUGUGCUUAGUGGAGAAGGUGAACAAGAGGGUGUCAGAAGACCCUGCCGGCCCCGUGCUGGUACACUGCAGUGCGGGGAUUGGGCGGACAGGUACCUUCAUUGCCCUGGACUUCCUCCUGAAGAUGGCGAAGGCUGAGGGCAAGGUGGAUGUGUUUCGGUGUGUGCAGAGGCUGCGGGAGCAGCGGGUCAGCAUGGUGCAGACCAAGGAGCAGUACACCUUCUUGUAUGAGGUGUUGCUUGAAGGCCUGCUCUGCGGCAGCACCGGGGUCCCAGUGGAGAAUGUCAUCAGCCACAUCAGCUCCCUACGAGAAGCUGAGAUCCAGAGGCAGAACAACAUCCUUGAGAAAGAGUUCAAGGCCCUGCAGAAGUUUUCCGAGUUGUUCCAGCUCCUGCCAUGCAAAGAAGCGGAGAAACCCAGCAACCAGCCCAAGAAUCGCAAGCCAGGGAUCCUGCCAGCGGAUUCCUGCCGGCCUGUCCUCAUGUCCUCACUGAACGCAGAUGGCUCACCACGUUAUAUCAACGCAGUGUUCGCUGAUACAUACACUGAGGAAGACAGAUUCAUUAUCACCCAGCUGCCGUUUCUGGCCACACUGGUGGAUUUCUGGGCUCUGGUCUGGGAUUACACCUGCACAUCGGUGGUUGUGUUAAACCAACUGCAGGAGCUGGACCAGACAUACGUGGAGUUCUGGCCCACCCAGGGAGAAACGAUUUACGGCUGUUUCCAUGUCCAGCUGAUCUCAGAGGAGCCCGGAGCUGGCUUCACAGUCUGGACACUCGCUUUGACCAACAAGCAGCAGCCCAAGAAAUCUGCACUGAAAGUCCAGUUCUGUCAGCUGGAGGACUGGCCCAUGCAGCAGUGCCUUCCCCCGUGCCCUGCCACCAUCAUCAGCCUGCUGGGGAAGGUGGAGACACACCAGCAUCAGAGCCAAGGUUCACAUGUCCUCGUCACUUGCUGGGAUGGUGCCAGCCGGAGUGGGAUCUUCUGUGCUUCCAGUUUUCUCUGUGAGCAGAUCCAAAGUGAGGGACAGGUAGAUGUGUCCCAGGCUGUGAGGAUGUUGAAGAGGCGACGGAGACAGCUGGUUAAGGAUGUGGAGCAAUAUCGGCUGUGCUAUGAACUAGCCCUCAGUUACUUGAAUUCAUUUGAAACCUAUGGAAACUUCAAGUAGAGGCAUGACCACAACCCACCUCUGGCCAGGACUUCCAGCUCUCUUGACAGUUCUCUGCUAGUGACUGUGGAAACCAGAGGAGAUGAGAGCGAUGUGCACAGCUCCUGUAUCUUCUGCAGCUGGACAGGGCAGUCUGGACUGUCCCCAAAUCGUGUGGUCACUGACCAGGCUUUGAAGCAGGAACCCUGCCCUUUGCCCACAGUUUGGGUAGGAACUUACCUGGCAUCACAGCCUGAAUGUGCAGACCACAGAGGAGGCACUGAGACUUUACCUGUUUGAUCCCAGGAUGGAGAGAAUCAGCUGCCCCAUCUGGGAUCCCAUGUCCUCUUAGGCAGCUGCAUGAGAAAUGAGGCAGCUCCACCAACACCAAGACUCUUCUUCUAGGGGAGCAUCAAACUGCUAUCAGUCAGAUCCACAGGGCUCAGGAGCACAGGCUUACUGUCCUGCACUGGGAGAAGCAUGAAGCCCAAGGCCAAGAAGAGCUAGAAGGAAAAGCCACAGUCCUGUAGGACCAUCCUGGUCCAAAACCCCUUCCUCAAGUGUUAUCUUGCUGACAUUGAUUGUCCCAGGUGCUCUAGGUGCCAGCUCCAGGGAGGCUCCCUCACCAGCCUAUCUCUCUCCACCACAGCAGUCCCAGGUUGUAGCAUCUAAGCUUGGGUACCCUUAAUGCUAUAACUGCAGUUUGCCUCCUACAAGGGGCUGCUGCACCUUCGAGAUUGGUUCUGCCAGAGCUGCUCGAAGAGGAAAGUGUCUCAGAGCCAAAACUGACCCCCGACCCUAUUCUGUAUCUUACCAGUAAAGGCUCUGUGCUGGACAUGG